UCUGCUCUCACCCACUCCAGAGUAAAUCAGGAACAACUCCACCGGCUUCCCUCCAGCUCCAUGUGGCAUAUGCUGGCGGAGCCGAGAGCAGAAUCCGGCCGCCGAUUGCUACGCUUGGUUGAAACCAAAGCUGGGUAGAGGCUCAAGGCGAGGCUGUUUGACAGUGUAACCUGCCACAGACCGAAGCAAAGGGCCAAAUUCAGGCAGGAAGCAAAGGGCCCAUUGACUUUGGGGACCUCGCUUUGGCCCUGGAAUUUUAGGGUCACUGAUGCAGUUUUGCCAACUCUGGUGAUUUUAUUGACGUGUUGCUCCUGUCCUUUCCAAUAGGCGUGGGCACGCCACAUGCACAACCAUCAAAAAGCUUCCGCUAGCAGCACCCUUCUUGCCAGAUGACUCCGACAGAGCACGAGUAACACAACUCGGGGAACAAUGACGAGAGGCCCAGAGGGGAGAGGCUCUUCCCUCUCUGCAGAGAGUAUGUUCCAGCUCCUCUCCCAUUGCUGGUCGCGGCUGCAGGCACGACAGGAACCAAUCAGGAAAGUGACCCUCCUUGUUGUGGGCCUGGACAAUACGGGGAAAACCUCCCUCAUAACGGAGAUACAGAGAGUGCUCUCGUGUGAGGUGCUCCCCACAACGAAGCCUCACCAGACAGAGCUCAGGGUGGACCGUUUUGAAGUCUCCCUUGUCGACCUAUCCGGGGGGCAGCGGAUGCGGGGCACAUGGCGUAGUCACUAUGGUGACGCUCACGGGAUUAUCUUUGUCCUGGACUCCAGUGACGUGCUGCGGAUGGAAGAGGCCAAGAGGAUCUUGGGUCGUCUUCUGGCACACCCACGGAUUUCUGGGAAGCCCCUGUUACUGCUGGCCAAUAAACAGGACAGGCCUGACGCCCUCCUCCCGAGUGAGCUGAUCGAAUGCCUGUGCCUGGAGAAGCUUGCGAAUGAAAACAAGUCGCUGUGCCGCAUCGAGCCAUCUUCAGCAGCCAAAAGUCUCCAUAAAAGCCAGUCCCGCACCAUCCUGCAGGGGCUCCACUGGCUCCUGCGCACUAUUGCCAUCAACUACAGCGUCCUGAGUGCCCGGGUGCAGCAAGACAGCCCCGACCCGCCGGCCCCCCGAGAGCAACAGGCUCCCAGCAAAGCAGUGCAGGCCCGCAGCCAGACACGGGGGCAGAGGGCGUUACUGGCCAGAAGGGAGAGCUCCCAAGAAGGAAGCACCAAGAUAGGGGAGUACAAACCACUGCAGCCCAUCCAGAACAUCCUCCCACAGGGGCAAGGCCCCAAGGCACCCACGCGAAGGAAGAAGACGGUGAAGGGGAAGAAGAAAGGGUUGGUACAGUCGGGGAGCCUGGCUGACGAAGAGGACGGGAAAGCACGGGGAGGAGAGAUCAGAGCAAGUGCUGCCGUUGGGCUCCUCCACAGCAACAGAGUUGGCCAGGAGAAGCCACUCCGCCCGGGCACAGCGCCUCCCCCAGCAGGGCAGAACACAAGGAAGAAAAAGAAGAAAAUUAAAAAUAAAAUCAAGUCCCAGGAGUCCUCGCUGGAGCCACGGAACGAAGGCACCUCGGGCACCUUUGACUUGUAUCGAAGGGCAAUGCUGGCUCUGAAGAUGAGGCAAGAGCGGAGGAAGCUGCCUUCUGCUGUUACUCCCUGAAGAAAGGCUCCAUGUUGUUGACCGCAUGAAUGUGGUCUCCACCAGGCGUGCGGACGUGAUGGCUGAUUGCUCUAUGCUGUUGUUGCGAUGGGUGUGAGGGUCUGUCUUCCCUUCUACAAGUGCAACGUAUCGGUGCUCCCGCUCAGAACCUCCCACGGCCCAAAGGCUAAGCCCAUGGGCAGCCAGCGUCAGCAAAGGCCGGGAGAUUGUUGAAACUGAUGGAAACUCUGCUCGGGAGACAAGAGUCCCAGGGCAAUGAAGGCGGAGUCGCAGGCAGCAAGGCACGCGUCUUUUAUCUGCAUAAAGCCACAUACGUCCUGUUAAUAUUACUGCACCUAGGAUAGGCCCGUACGAUGCGAUAACAGCCCAGGAGUGCAUGGCUGCAUCCAAGCAAGGCUGACAUAGAUUAUAAAUGAAUCGUGCAUUUUGGUGCCAGCUGUUUGUGCUUCAGCGCUGUAUGUAUACGCCUGGCUCUGAAACCCCUGAGAUGCAAACACUCCAGCUGGAUGUUUCUGACAUGAACCAGCAACAGUGUAUUGAAGGCACAUGGUGGUUCCCUCAUCUUAUGAACAGGAAGGUCAAGUGCUGGACCAACCAAUAUCUUCCCCAAUGAUGUAAUGCCGGCUCAUGUAGCUUGGCCAUUUGCAUUGGGUGCUGAGCCCAGCCCACCAGUUUUAUGUGAUCAACUGGAAAAAAAAAAAAAAAGCUGGUCGGAGAAGACUUUGCAGAAGAAGGUCUCUCACAUGCUGGAACAAUGUAGUGGCUUCUGACCUUGCCUGCUUCAGCCUUCACACAGCCAUGCCACAGGACUGGUAGGAGCCCGGAGUCCCUGGAAACAGGUGAACUGCAGUGUGCUCUCAACACGAUAUGAGCAGGAGAAUUAAUCAACGAUUGAAUGUUGGUGUUUGUACUCUUUCGUCACAUUCAAAGUUCCCAUUGGCUUGUGAUCCGCAAGAACCAUUGGGAAAAGUCAAAGGCUAUGUCUACACUGUUGGGUUCUUGCGCAAGAACCCACAGAGCAGCCACAUUACCCGCCCACUCUUG